CGCGCACGCGCGCGCGCUCCCCUGGACCGCCCUCACUGCUGACGUCCGGGGCUGAGCGGGCCGAGGCAGCGCCGCCGCCGCCGAGUCGUGUGCUUCCGCGGGCUGCGAGGGUCUCCGGACCUCGUGGCUGGCCCGCUGCGCGGGGGUUUCGGCCGCUCCCUGCUCUCCCCGUACCUUGCGCGCUGUCGCUGGGGACCCCGAGAAGGUCCAGCUUGCAGCUCCAGCAAGAAAAGCAAUGGAAGAUAGCCCAGGCUCUCGGCCCGAGGCCACCCGUGUGCAAGAUCUUAAUGGUGUUCCAGGCUCUGUCUUCAGCCUUCCUUUGCGACUAUUGAGCAGUCAAAAGAAAAUCUCCAGCUUUGUUUUUUGUCUUUGAACUACAGAGUGUCAUCAUGUCUGGAAUCAAGCGAACAAUCGAAGAAACUGACCCUGAUUAUGAGGAUGUAUCUGUGACCCUUCCAAAUAAACGGCAUAAAGCAAUUGAGAAUUCAGCUCGAGAUGCUGCCGUGCAGAAGAUUGAGACAAUUAUUAAAGAACAGUUUGCUCUUGAAAUGAAGAAUAAGGAACAUGAAAUUGAAGUCAUUGACCAGCGACUGAUUGAAGCAAGAAGGAUGAUGGAUAAACUUCGUGCCUGCAUUGUAGCAAACUAUUACGCUUCUGCGGGUCUUCUAAAAGUUUCUGAGGGGUCAAAGACAUGUGAUACAAUGGUUUUUAAUCAUCCUGCUAUCAAGAAAUUUUUGGAAUCACCAUCUAGAUCCUCAUCUCCUACUAAUCAGAGAUCAGAAACACCAUCAGCCAAUCAUUCAGAAAGUGAUUCGUUAUCUCAACAUAAUGACUUCUUAUCUGACAAAGAUAAUAACAGCAAUCUGGAUAUAGAAGAAAGACUCUCAAACCAUGUGGAGCAGAGACCAAGCCGAAAUCCUGGAAGGGACACAUCUAGUGUUGUUGGCUCUCAUAAAACAGAUCCACGGAAUGCUGAUCUCACGGGAGAUGAGACUUCACGACUUUUUGUAAAGAAAACAAUAGUAGUAGGCAAUGUGUCCAAGUAUAUACCUCCAGAUAAGAGGGAAGAAAAUGACCAGUCAACACACAAGUGGAUGGUGUAUGUCCGAGGAUCUCGUAGAGAACCCAGUAUUAAUCAUUUUGUUAAAAAAGUUUGGUUCUUCCUUCAUCCUAGCUACAAACCAAAUGACCUUGUGGAAGUUAGAGAGCCUCCUUUUCACCUGACCAGAAGAGGCUGGGGUGAGUUUCCUGUCAGAGUUCAAGUUCACUUUAAGGACAGCCAGAACAAACGGAUAGAUAUCAUACAUAAUCUAAAGCUGGACAGAACUUACACUGGCUUGCAGACGUUAGGAGCAGAAACGGUAGUGGAUGUUGAGCUCCAUCGACAUUCUCUUGGCGAAGACUACGUUUACCCUCAGUCCUCUGAAUCAGACGUCUCUGAUGCGCCCCCAUCUCUGCCUCUGACCAUUGCAGCCCCUGUGAAAGCUUCUUCACCCGCGAAGCAGGCACACGAGCCAGUCCCCGAUAGCUCCGCAGAUAAAGGAUUCCCAGCUAGCACGGAAGCUGAGAGACCCACUACAUUUUACUCUCUGCCGUCUUCUUUGGAAAGAACACCCACCAAAGUGACAACAUCCCAGAAGGUUACGUUUUGUUCUCAUGGUAAUUCAGCUUUCCAGCCAAUAGCUUCAAGCUGCAAAAUAGUGCCUCAGAGUCAGGUUCCUAACCCCGAGUCGCCUGGGAAAUCCUUCCAGCCCAUCACCAUGAGCUGCAAGAUCGUCUCAGGCUCCCCAAUUUCAACUCCAAGUCCAUCACCAUUACCUCGAACUCCAGCUUCCACUCCAGUUCAUGUAAAACAAGGCACUGCCAGCUCUGUUAUUAAUAACCCUUACGUCAUCGUAGACAAGCCUGGACAACUUAUUGGAGCUGCAACUCCCAGUACAGGAAGUCCUACAAACAAGCUCUCCACAGCUUCUCCAGUCUCCCAAGGGACAGGCUCCCCUAUUCCUAAAAUCCAUGGGAGUAGUUUUGUAACAUCUACUGUUAAGCAGGAGGAUUCUUUGUUUGCAUCUAUGCCGCCUCUUUGCCCAAUUGGGAGUCACCCUAAGGUUCAGAGCCCUAAGCCCAUAACUGGAGGACUGGGAGCUUUCACAAAAGUGAUCAUCAAACAGGAACCCGGUGAAACCUCUCACAUGCCCAGCACAGGAGCUGCCAGCCAGUCACCACUCCCUCAGUAUGUCACUGUCAAAGGGGGUCACAUGAUAGCUGUAUCCCCUCAAAAACAAGGCAUAACCACUGGAGAAGGGGCUACCCAGUCACCAAAGAUUCAGCCCUCCAAGGUUGUUGGGGUGCCAGUCGGAUCUACUUUACCUUCAGCAGUGAAACAGGCCGUGGCCAUCAGCGGUGGCCAAAUCCUCGUGGCCAAGGCCAGCUCUUCUGUCGCCAAAGCAGUUGGUCCCAAGCAAGUUGUGACCCAAGGAGUUGCCAAAGCAAUUGUGAGCGGAGGCGGAGGAACCAUUGUUGCUCAGCCGGUGCAGACCUUAACCAAGGCUCAGGUCAAUGCCGCCGGCCCUCAGAAAAGUGGAUCCCAGGGCUCAGUAAUGGCAACCUUGCAGCUGCCAGCCACUAAUUUAGCUAACCUGGCAAAUUUGCCUCCGGGCACUAAACUCUACCUUACAACAAACAGCAAGAACCCUUCUGGAAAAGGAAAACUGCUGCUGAUCCCUCAAGGAGCCAUCCUGCGAGCCACCAACAAUGCUAACCUGCAGUCUGGCUCAGCUGCUGCUGCUGCUGCUGCUGCUGGCAGUGGAGGAGGAGGUGGCGGUGGUGGUGCUGGAGGAGGAGCCACAGGAGCAGGAGGGACCCCGAGCGCUGCUGGCCCUGGCGGGGUGUCCCAGCACCUGACCUACACAUCAUACAUCCUCAAGCAGACGCCCCAGGGCACAUUUUUGGUUGGCCAGCCAUCGCCUCAGACAUCUGGAAAACAACUGACUACUGGAUCAGUGGUGCAGGGGACCCUGGGAGUCAGCACAUCUUCUACACCGGGGCAGCAAACGUUAAAAGUGAUCUCUGGACAAAAAACUACUCUGUUCACACAGGCAGCUCCUGGGGGACAGGCAUCUCUCAUGAAAAUUUCGGAUAGCACCUUGAAGUCUGUGCCAGCCACCUCGCAGCUCUCUAAGCCUGGAACCACAAUGCUCCGAGUGGCGGGAGGGGUCAUCACAGCCACUGCUUCGCCAGCUGUGGCCCUUUCAGCAAAUGGUCCUGCACAGCAGUCGGAAGGAACAGCUGCAGGUCCAUCAGCCUCUAUCAGCUCUGUAAUGAAAACAUCUGGGCAGCAGCAGGUGUGUGUGAGCCAGGCCGUGGGAACCACCAAAGGCGCCACACCCAGCGUCGUCAGUACCACAUCCCUGGUGUCUACACCAAACCCCAUCUCCGGGAAGGCCACAGUAUCAGGUUUGUUGAAGAUUCACUCCAGUCAAUCCAGUCCUCAGCAGGCUGUCCUGACGAUUCCCAGCCAGCUGAAACCACUCAGUGUGAAUACAUCGGGAGGCGUGCAGACUAUCCUGAUGCCUGUGAAUAAAGUGGUUCAGUCAUUUUCCACCAACAAAUCACCGACCAUUCUGCCGGUAGCUGCUCCAGCUCCAGUCAUCCCCAGCCCUGCUCCAGCAACUGUGGCAAGAGUGAAGAUGGAGCCUGAAACACCUGCGCCCAGCUGCCUCUCCCAGGAGGGCCCGACUACAGUGACAACAGAAGACAGUUCGGAGCUGGGAAACUAUGUCAUUAAGAUCGACCAUUUGGAGACUAUCCAGCAACUCUUAACAGCAAUAGUAAAGAAGAUUCCAUUAGUCACUGCGAAAAGUGAAGACGCCAGCUGCUUUUCUGCAAAGUCGGUGGAGCAGUAUUACGGCUGGAACAUUGGGAAAAGGAGAGCUGCUGAGUGGCAAAGGGCAAUGACCAUGCGAAAAGUCUUACAAGAAAUCCUGGAAAAGAACCCAAGAUUCCACCACCUGACUCCCUUGAAAACCAAGCACAUCGCUCAUUGGUGCCGCUGCCACGGCUACACCCCGCCUGACCCUGAGAGCCUGAGGCCCGACGGUGACUCCAUUGAGGAUGUGCUGACCCAGAUCGACAGUGAGCCUGAGUGCCCAUCAUCGUUCUCCUCUGCUGACAACCUCUGCCGCAAGCUGGAGGACCUGCAGCAGUUUCAGAAGAGCGAGCCGGACAAUGAGGAGGAGGUGGACAUCCUUACUCUCUCAGAGCCACUAAAGACAAACAUUAAAAAGGAGCAGGAGGAAAAACAGGAAGAAAUGAAGUUCUACCUGCCACCCACUCCAGGCUCUGAGUUCAUCACAGAUGUCGCACAGAAGAUCGGGGUCAUCCUGCAGCCUGUGGAGCUCCACAAGAACGUGUACGCAUCCGUGGUGGAGGACAUGAUCUUGAAGGCCACAGAGCAGCUGGUGAGUGACAUUCUGAGGCAGGCGUUGGCAGUCGGAUACCAGACGGCAUCUCACAGCAGGAUUCCCAAAGAAGUCACGGUGAGUAAUAUUCACCAGGCCAUUUGCAACAUUCCUUUCCUGGACUUCCUCACGAACAAACACAUGGGGAUCCUGCAUGAGGACCAGUGAGUGGACGCAGAGGCCCUGGCGAAGCGGGAGUGCAGCUUACUUCAGAGCCAAGCAGCUGUGAAGGCUGCAAUCGGGAGCAGGGCUACUUGCUGUGAGCCUCUGAAUGCCAUGGCCAACAAGCUGCUGCCUCUCCCAGCUCACCGAGACACCAGUGCCCGGUUCCAGAUGAAAUCCUUUAAGGACAGAGGUUUGUUCCAGAUGCCAUAGUGGAGCUGUGCACACACACUCCGUCAGCUCAUGUUGCUGAGUGUGGCAGAGGUGCCCGGUGCGCGUCGCAGAGCUGGCCCGAGCUAUGUCAGGCCUUUUGCUCCUCUAGGUGUGCUCAAGGCGGCACCAGGGGCCUGCCCUGCCGAGGACUGGAGGUUACAGGCUAGAAAUGGACCCUUUCUGUAAGCUGGGGUCCCAGGCAGCCCCACGGUUACCCUGAACAGAGAGGGGCUACAGCCCUCCAUGCCAGUGUGUCAGCUCGGGAGGAGGCAGCGCCAUGUGGAGCCCAGGGCGCCUGGGUGGCCGCAGCCUGAGCAGCAGUCUCUUCUGAGAGCGUUAGCGCAGCCACUGUCACAGCAUGUCACGGCCAGGAAGGGGAAGGUGUGACCUCGAGCCCUCAUGCUCUGCACACUCCUGCCAUGUCAGUAACAGCAGCUGUACACCCCAGGGCUUGGCUUGAGGUGUGUGCCCAGCAGGUAACUGGCUGCGCAGCAUUGGCACAGUCUGCUGGGACUGUUCUCUCCGUGGAGUUAGUGGCCUGCACUUCGUCUCAUGGAGUCCUUCCUGAGAAGACAAGUGUUGAUGGAGACACCUGUGAGUGCCUUAUAUGUUGGAGAAAGGACUGUCCAAGCCCAGAGCAGGGACACAGCACUCAGACACGUGAGACCAGCUCAUGCAGUGAGCAGAGCCCUCAGUUGGGCACCCCCAGAUGCUGUCCCAGCCCCUCUGAGAUGCUCUGUGCAGAAGGUGAAGAACGAGACUCCUCCUCUGAGUGAUCUGCUCUCCAUGAGUCCGAGAGACAGCCAUGGGGACAGGAUCCACGGUCUCACACAGUCCGUAAUGUUGGCGUCAGGAGGAUGAAGCAGGAGGUGACUAGGCAGGAGGUGACUUCCUAACUCAGCUUCCGCGCAUUGCGGAGGGGAAGGAGUCUGUUCCAUGGGACGCAGAGCGCGGCCUGGCCUACAGCCAACUAGUGCAGUGCCUCAGCUCAAGUCCUCUGCACGGGCUAGCCCACUGAGGCUGGUGGGAGGCUCGUGGGCUCUGCUGGAGACCCCGGGUGGCAGGUGUGAUCCACAGGAGGACAGACUGGUAACAGGUGUGAAAGCCUAAAGACGUUACCUUUUUGUGAAAGAACCAUUAAGUGAUUUUAAAUCUUGUGUGUUAAUAUUUGAGGUGUAUUUGUAUCAAUCUAUAACAGUUGUGUAACAAAAAUGUCUACAAUAAACCUUUUAGCAUUUGUG